ACUAAUGUAAUCAAAAUGAUACAAUUCUUUUUUUUUUACUGGCAUUAACAGUAUGCCAGUCAUGGGUCAGUGCAUUAUUGGAAGAAUAUUAUGCCAACUACGUACAAAGGUGAGUCCACUUAAAAGUGUGCUUGUACCAAAAAUGUGUUUGUUACUAAGGAAUUGCCAAAUCAGUCAAACAAACCUGCCAUGGUAAUAACUCAGUGGUCUAGUAACCAAAAAAGCUACUGACAUAACAGCCACAUCAGUGACUUUAUUUCUUAUCAUCAUAUUAAUAUCACCCUCUUUAAGUCACACACAUUUAGGUCUGUUUGUUUUCACAGUGACAGUUGUAGACUUUAAUGCUAAUUGUUAACCAAAGGCUGUUAUAAAAGUGAAAGGCAGAUGCUGGUGUCAGACCUACUGAGGCAGCCUCAUCAUUUUAGAAGAACGAUACCAGAUUUCCCAGGAUGCCUCUGAGGUGCCGUGCCAGCAGCAUGUUUCUGCUCCUGUGUGUUUCUCUUUCCUUGUGUCUCGAGUCUGUGAGCGGUGGCACCAGCUUCCUCAGUCCGACUCAGAAACCGCAGGGUCGAAGGCCACCAAGAGUGGGCAGAAGAGAAGCUGCUGAUCCAGAGAUACCAGUGAUCAAAGAAGACGAUCGGUUUAUGAUGAGCGCUCCAUUUGAACUGUCCAUGUCUCUGAGCGAAGCUGAAUAUGAGAAAUAUGGUCCCGUGCUUCAGAAUCUUCUGGAGAAUCUUCUUAGAGACUCUUCUUUCGAGUUCUGACAAGAGUCCUACAAAGUUCCUCCUUAUAAACAAUUGACAAUAUUCACAAUUUAAAAAUGAUGUCAUUUAUGGGUUUAACAAAAUAAAGAAUGAUAAAAAAAUUAAUUCUCUAAUUUCUAUGUUCUUUAUUCUGUAGCAAUUGUUACAAUGUUACGUGGGUGAUUAAAAUCUCUUUAUCAGCAUUUAUUCUCUCAGAUUUUAAUAGUUUAUUUAAAAUGCUACAAAAAAUAUUACAUUUAAUAAAUUUUAUUUU